AUCUCUGUUCAUCAUUUUUUCUCUCCGCCUCUCCCUCCCCUUUUCUCCCAUUUUUGUUCCUCCUUUUUUUAUUGCAAAUCCUCUACCUCUUCACUUCAUCUUCUUCGCCCCCUCUGCACUUCACCUCUUCCUCCUGCCUCUUCACUUCCUCUCACAAAAUCACUUGCAAAUCUUAGAAUCAAAACAUAGAGCAAGAAAGAGAUUGAAGGAGGUGGGCUACAUGUGUGAUUGGCUCAAAGGUGGAGGAUAAGGGUUGGAUCUGGUUUGGUUUUUCUGGGUGCAUGUGUGAUUGAAACAACCAUGAUCAUCCCACUGCAUUGUUUUUUUGGAUUUCCUGGGUUUCUGAGUUUUCUAAGUUUGAAUUUUGGGAUUUUCUGGGUUAUCUGGGUUCGAAUUUUUCUAGUCCAGUCCCCUCUAAUCCGGUCAAACAAACGCCCCCCCCCCCCCAAACGUUUUUUGGAAAUAUGUCACCUACCCCAAUUUUUUAGGUCGCAUGACUUGCACGAAUUGAUGAAAUGGAUCUCAAAAAGUUUGGUUUGUGUAUCCUUGUCGCGCCAUCAAAUUGUAUCAAAUAUAUUGUUUCAUUUCAUUUUUGCCGUUCAGUAGGUUCAAACCUUGAGCCCAGCAUCGACGGAUGGGAAAACCUUUUUGCAGCUUUUAUUUCUAUAACUGGCUUGCUACUGUUUCUGUAUCUCAUCGGAAAUUUGCAGGAUGGUAACGCAAACCUUUUCAGAAAAUCCCAUUCUUUAAGCUUAUAAGGAAUUUUGUUAUGUCCUUUGUGUCUAAUUUGAGUAGUAUAUAUGUAUGCAUAUAGUUGGUUGGUUUCUCUCCCUGGGAAGGAUAAAUUAUUAGUUGCUAAUUAAUUAAUAACUCAUUAAACUUUUUUUUAUAUCCUAGCCAAAUACGUUCAGUCGAAAACUUAGAUCAGGUAACAAGACCAGAGUUUUAUGAGAAAAAUGUUGUGUGGCCACUCGAUUAAAAAAAUAAAAUUAGUUUCCUUACUACGUUCGUCAUAGAAUUGAUACUGUGACGAGUGAUUGUAACUUUGUAAGAUAUUUUAACGAACUCAUGAAGUAACUUAGGUGUUGUGGAUAGACACAUAUGCAGUUGGAUCUUGGACGAAGAGAGAAACGUAGAAAGCAGUUGAAGAACAAAAAAGAAGAUGGAGGAGAAAACUCGAGAGGUAGGAUUGUGGUUGGCUAAAAAAGGUAUCCCUGAAAGAGAAAAUAGGGAUAGAAAGUUGCAUGUCAUUAAAAAGGUGCAACAAGAACUUGAAGACGAUGAAGCAGGUAACUUGGAUGGUCUCUUCCAUUCUCUUUCCUUGGAUCAGCAAACUUUUAUCCAAAGUUGUAUACCGUUGAAUACGAUGAAGAAGGUUCGAAUGCUUCAAAACAUGGAUGAAUUCGAGUUGAAAGCAAUCUGUGAGCAAUUUAAGCCCAGGAAGUAUACUAACGGCAAUAUUAUUAUAGAAGCGGGUAAACCAUUUGAAAUGAUGGUGUUGAUCGUGGAUGGACUUGUAAAGAUUGAAGAUUGUACUUGUGAUCUACAACUAAGGGGAGGAGAUUUAUAUGGACAAAUACUGAUACCUUGGCUGUCAAGGAAAUACUCUCGUGGCAACCUGCUCUUGGCAACCAAAUCCCUAGUUGCAGUUGGUGAUGUUGAAGCCCUAGUUCUCAUGGCUACCGACUUGGACAGUGUCUUACAUAAAUUCACGUCGCAUUUCAGGAUAUACUACUACGAAGUCGAAGACCAAUUGGAAAGCCAUCAAACACAUGUUAAGGCACUCCGGCUCAGUACUGAUGAAAAAGGCCGCAGACAAGCACAGUGAGAAUGGCAGGUGUAGUAACGAGGUGAAUAAUCUUUCUCGAAUUAAAACAUGGAAAAUGGGGUGAAUACAUGCAACAAACCUCGACUUUAGUAAUCACAUCUCCUAAAAAGUGAAAUCAGAGUUGUGUAAGUGACGACUUGUGAGUGUGAGGAUAGAGGAAUGCCAAGUACUUGUGUACAAUGAAGUACGUGUAAGAUACAUUUUCAUUUUCUUCCUGUUUGUUUGCCUUGUGUGCUGACACUGUAUUUUCACUUUUCUGAAUUUGAAAGAGAACUAUGCCGUUGGGCUGUUUUUUCCCUGCCAACUUGGAGUAAACAAUUAGUUGUUCCAAAUCAGGGACAUUAUCAUUGUUUAACCAGUUAGCUAGUAAGAACCAUGUAAAGGCAAGUCCCUGUAAGUCAGAGAGAAAUUUCAUUGUAUUGAAAACACGACUCAGUAUAA